UUACGUUGCUGCCCCCCGCUUGUCCUCUAUGGGUAGUGUGGGUUACGAGCACAGCCUGCCAGUUUAUCCCUGCGAUCGUCUGAAAAGCGGCAACGAAUAUUUCAGGUAGUAUAGAAGCGACUCGAAGUGAGCGACCCCCCAAAAAUGGCACGAUUGGUCAACAAGCAGUUCAACUCUCCCAUCGGCCUCUACUCCGAGCAGAACAUUCGAGAAGUAAUCCAAAGAGAAUCUCAGAUUCUAUCGAACGGAGCUGUUGGAAUUAACUUCAACAACCCCACUGUGGGAAAACCGGCGAAUCUGCAAAAUUCGGCCGUGUUGAGGAUGCUGGAAGAGGAAGAGCAGCGGCAGAGGAGUGGCCAGUCACCAAGUAACGGCUAUAGACCCCUUCGGGACCAAAUAAAAUGGCCGCCUCCGGAUUUCGAACAGAAGAACCACCAAAGAUCGUCAUUCAAAGACGUCGUUACACCAGGUCUCAAAAGAGUUGCCUGGCCUCCUCCGAACGAAGGCGAGAACUACGUCGAGCAGCCACCGGCACAAGCACAAGGUGGGCCCCAGUACUCCUCUCAAUCACCCACUUUGCAGAAUAAUUACACCCCCGCCCCGCAGGUGUCUCAAAGCCACUCCCGCCAGCCCCUCAAACCCCUCGACAUUUCUAACGGCCACCCGCAGCCUGCGACUUCCCCCCUAGCGAAUCAAAGCCCUUCUGGUUUCCGCCAGGCCCCGCCCGGCAGACCGUGGGCUCCGGUGCACUCCCCUGUGGCCACUCCCUCCCAGCCGCAAUACCCAUACCAAGCCCCGCCCCAGCAAUACCAACCCUUACAACAGUAUCAACCUAGUCAACCGCAAACCAAAAUUUUUACUCAGCAACCUCCUCAAUCGUCUGUUCAGACAGUGGCUGCGACAAACCAGGCAGCUCCGUACUCAGCGGCUAGACCCGUCGAACCCCCUCCAGCCACAAUCACUCUUCGUGCGCAGGCUCCAGUGAGCCAGGCUCCUCCCCCAGUAGUGACAUCACAACCAGCCACGGCGACCCUAAAAGGCGGCAAGAACCUCCGCGGGGACUUGAAAUGGCCCCCCGAGAACGUCAAGAGCCAAAUCGAGGAAGAAAAUAAGCAGCGCGUCGAGCUGGCCCGAGGCCCCGCCUUCAGGCCACGCCUCGUGCGCAAAGAUUACGGCCCUUUCUUCGCCCAGCACGCCCUUAAUAGCUCGUACCCCGGCUACAAAGCGCCCCCGGGUACCCAGUUCUACGACCACAGAGCCGUAUAUUAAGCCCUUUGUGUAUGCAACAUCAAUUUGAAUUGGUAGUUUAUAGUUAACGACGCUACGUUUGUGAUAAUGCUGAACUGAUUAGCUAAAUUACUAACACGAAUUAGAGCAGGAAAGAUGUAUAAAUUUUUAUUAAAAAUGUGUAAUCCCAUAAAAAUGAACGAGUUUCAGCCGCUUGCCGAACCAUAGCGAUUUUUCAGAUCGAAUUCGAUUCGAGCUUUGCUAUUGUUGCAAAUUAUUUUUAAUGUAAGGUUAAAUGAUUUAUAUUUGUACCAUGUACGCCCUUUAAAUAUUAAAUAAAUUAUAUCGUAAAAAUAAA